AAAUUAAUGAUGGCUGAAUUCCAUUUGGCUUUCAGGGUCCUGCAUGCUGGGUCACUGUCACGGCUGAAUAGAACAUAGCCGUCGUUAAUGUUAUUAUUUACACCUGUUUGUACCACAGCAAGUUAAAAAGUGUGCUGUAAAAACGUUAAGUGCGAGCGUAUUUUCCCCUUGAUUUAUUCAUAUACAGGGUCUUCAACAAACAAACAUGAAAGCCUAAACAAACUGCCGAGAUCCACAGUCAAAGACAGGCUAUCGGGGUGUUUAAUUAAAGUCCUGCUUACUGGUCUUGGUUCUGCCACGGCCACGAGCGCGUGGGGUUGGCUGCACGCUGCUGCGUCAUUUCCUGACAGAGGACUGACGGUCGGAGGCGAGAGAGCCACCAGUCGCUGUAGUAACGUCGAGGAAGCACAGACACCGAGCAGCAGGUCACCUCCACAGCGCAGCCGCGCAGGUAGGAAGACCACGACCAACAAGCAAACGUCGUAACACUGUUGCGGUUAUUUUUGUCAACUUGACGCUGUUUGGCACGAAAACCCUGAGCGGAGCGGGAUAUAAUGAACUCCUGAGGACGCUGGGUGGGAACAGAAAAAUAACUUUCAGCCUAUUUUAUUUUUCUACUUCGAGGAAAUGGCCCGUCCUCUUGUUGAAUCGAUUGCGCACCGGUGCUAAAAGUACUUUCCAGUUCUAGGGUUGUGCAUUCUGCCUUGUGGAGCAGUCGACGGUGACGCGGACACCAGAGAAGCGGCAGCUCGGCAGCCACCUGACCUCCUGGAAAAUAAGACCGCAGCUAAUGACACGCAGGCUGAGGUCCUUACGUGGCUCAGCACUACGCUCAUUGACGGUGCGGGACGAGGUUUCCACGAGGCUGUUGCGUGUACAGUUUUGAUGCACCGUUUCGCACAUGAAGUUUUCAGAAUCCAAUUACUGAUCUGUAAAUUAUGGUAAGUGCUAAUUAAUUUGUGAACUGUUAAUUUGAAUUGGUUGGACUGAAGUUUACCAUUUCAUCUGGCAAUCUAGUAACAAGUGGAUCAUCUGUCGGAACCGGGCAGCAUUGGUAUAACCGGACUGCACGUUCUCCAGCGGUAGAGAUGCCAAGCGCCACUCUGAAUCCGCGCCGCCAGCCCGAGAUGCCUGCUCUCUAACCCGCUUCAUUGUGGCGCCGUGUCCUGGUCACACCUCCAGGAUGAGCAGCACCGACCUGGAGCGCAUGUCUCUCAGCUCCUCCGCCAACUCGGUGGCCUCCAGUGCGCGGACUCUGUCGGCCAAUGUGAGGAAACUGCACAACGCACUCAAUCUCCUGCUCUGCGACUUCGAGAGAGAGCAAUUCAUCCACUGUCUCAAUGUGUACCACUCCAAGCGCAAUGUGUACGACUUGGUGCAGACUCUCAAUGUCAUCCUCAACGCGCCCAGCAAGCGGCAACUUCUACCCAUGCUGCGGCUGGUCAUCCCCCGUUCUGACCAGCUUCUCUUUGAGCAAUACACCUCGGAGGGCCUCUACUUAAAGUCGGAUUUAGUUGCAAGCAAUGGUAACGCUGAACCCCCUCCGGGCGACUUCUCCAGGGCCAGCCCGGUUCCCUCGGGGCAUUUCUCGCCAAACAACCCGCCCGACUUUCACGUGGCAUUGCGAGGCUCUCCGGACAGCUUCAGCACCAGCAGCGACGGGACAGCUCCUCUGGUACCGCUGCUGGGUAGGAACUUUAUCCACGAGCCGCCGGGCGAGCUGCGGCAGGUCACCAUGAAGCGGCACAAGAGCAACGAGGGCCUGGGCUUCAGCAUCCGCGGUGGGUCGGAGCACGGGGUCGGCAUCUACGUGUCCCUGGUGGAACCAGGGAGCCUGGCGGAGAAAGAGGGUCUCCGGAUCGGCGACCAGAUCAUGAAAGUCAACGACAAAGUCUUCGACAAAGUCACUCAUGCUGAAGCGGUGAAGGUGCUGAAGGGCAGUAAAAAGCUUUGUCUGUCAGUGCGUUCAGUUGGGCGAAUUCCCGGCGGCUAUGUCACGAACCAUGUUUAUACCUGGGUUGACCCUCAGGGUCGUAGCGUGUCCCCUCCUCCUGACCUGCCUGACCAUCGGAGCGCUACCCUGAGAAGAACUGACAGCCAGCGACGCAGCAACAUGCAGCUACUGCAGGAGGGAGAUGAGAAGAAGGUCAACCUGGUUUUGGAUGACGGCCAUUCCCUGGGUUUGAUGAUCCGAGGUGGAGAAGAAUAUGCUUUGGGGAUUUACAUCACUGGAGUGGACCAGGGAUCAGCAGCAGAGUGUGGAGGAAUCAAGGUCGGGGACCAGAUCUUGGAGGUGAACGGUCGCAGCUUCCUGAGCAUCCCGCAUGACGAAGCUGUCAGGGUCCUGAAGUCGUCACAGCACCUGAUGAUGACGGUGAAAGAUGUGGGGCGCCUGCCUCACUCCAGGACAGUGGUGGGCGAGACCAAGUGGAUCGCCAGCUCGCAGAUCGCAGAGAGCUCCGCCAACAGCAGCCUGGCAAGUUUCUCAGUGGACCAAGGAGCCUCUGCAGCAGGAAAACCUGGGUUUUACAAGGGUGUGGCGGGCUCACAGGUGACGCUGUCCAGCCUGGUGAACCAGUCCCGGGCCAUGCUGGAGGAGCAGGCACGUCACCUUCUGACAGAGGCUGAACGGCAGACAAUGGCCUACUAUGUGGAAGAGUAUCGGGACGGACACAUCGGUGUUGAGCAGUUGGUCAUGGCAUUGUUCGAGCUGCUCAACACGCAUGCAAAGUUCUCCUUGUUGUCAGAGGUGCGAGGCCUGGUCACCCCCCAGGAUCUGGAGCGUUUUGACGGGAUGGUGCUGCGACGUGAAAUUCAGGCUCUAAAGGCACGGCAGGGGAUGGCUGGGGCCACGGCACUCCAACCAGACUCUCUGUCCAUGGUGUCGUACCCUGACACACUGACGUCAUCUUCAGCCAGCUUCAUGUCCAACACCACCCUCAGCUCUGCACGGGAAAGGCUGCUCUGGCUGAUAGAUAUGAUGGAGAAUGACAGUGUGGUGGAGAGCAAUGAAGUGGAUCCUCCGGAGAGUCUGAACACGCUGCUGACGGACAUCUCUCUGGAUGACAUACAGUCCACCACUGCCGAUUCUCCCCCCUCCUUUAAGCCUCCUCCCCCACCAGGGGUGCAGCAGCACCCAAGUAGGCGGGACCAGCUCAACAAAUGCCCUUCAUCUGAAUCCUCCCACUCAGGCUUGUACUUCACAGCUCCAACCCCCCACAACCACAGCAAAGAGUCAAAACACGCCCCCGCCUCACCCUCACUACACCACAAACGAGAACAUCCCAGGGACCUAUCUCAAGACUACACGCCCGUCAGAAAGAGAGGUCCUCCAAUACCUUCAAAGAAAGAACAAAUAGCAGCUGCUCAGUUGUCCACAGUCACCCAGCACAACAUUGGCCCUUUCCCCAGGGUCCAGUCCCCGAGCAGAGGCACCAAACCUGCUGCCCCAUCACUUCCACCUUCACUCCCUGAUCCUCCUCUGCCCUUUAAGCCAGUGUCCAUGUCCAAAGCCACCCCAGUCAGCUCUUCUGGCUCUAAACACCAAUUUGUGACAGUGGAGGUUCACAGGCCCAACGCAGAGCCCGACGUCAAUGAGGUGCGACCGCUGCCCCAGGGUCGAGGUGGCACCCUGUCUCAGCUGUCAGACAGUGGCCAGACCCCCAGUGAGGACAGUGGGGUGGACAUAGCUGAGUCAGGACACAUCAGCAGAGACAGCAGCACACGCCUCCCCCGAGACACCCACGAAGGUGGGGUGGACAACCCCUCCAAACCGCCAGGGCUGUUGGAGCCCACAUCUACACUAGUGAGGGUGGCAAAGAGUGCCAGUACCCUGGGUAUUGCCAUUGAAGGCGGCGCCAACACGCGCCAGCCGCUGCCACGAAUUGUCACAGUUCAGAGGGGUGGUUCCGCUCAUAACUGCGGUCAACUGAAGGUUGGUCAGGUGAUCCUGGAGGUAAACGGGGUUUCUCUGAGGGGGCGAGAGCACAGGGACGCUGCACGCCUCAUUGCCGAGGCUUUCAAGACCAAAGAGAGGGAUUACGUGGACUUCCUGGUGACCGAGUUCAAUGUUGCACUAUAGUUGAGUGGAAGAGGAGAGAGAAUGACGGUGAGAGCAGUUCAAGGAGAAAAUGGAGAGCGACACCAAGAGUCUGUUGGUUUAAAUGGCACAACGCUUUUAGACAAACAAACAAACCACCCCCCAAUCACUGAGCCCUUUUUCUUUCCAUGAAACCCCUAAAUCUGGACACAUGAUACUCGAUUUUAUAACUUCCACUGUGGACUUUGGUCAGGAUUCUCCUCAACAUGUUACCUCCCCACUGUGAGACCUUAUGCACUACAAUGGGAAACAGUGAAAUCUGUAUCUUUUGUUUGUUCUCUCAGCGCUGAAACUCGUGGAUCUGCAACUGGAAUUUCUCACAGUACUCCCACUUCCCAUGGUCAGUUCAUUUUAGUUUGUUUUUUGCUUCUAUCUGAGAGACAGCUGCACAUCUAAGACUGAUUCAUGCUCGGCUUUACAAGCUUGGAUUUGGAUAUGUAAAAAUGAACAAAUGUAGAUACAGAUGCGUAUUCACUGUACUCAUAAAGAUACUCCUAUAUUAAUUAUAAAACCCAUAACCUCUCUUACAUCGUCAGCUUAUAGUAAUAUAUUUCAAAUAUGACGGGAAAUCAGGCCAUCCUGGUGACACAGUAAUCUACAAAUUUUAUUGCGAUGUUACUGGCCUAUCUAAAUAUUACUACUUUUUCCCAAAAAGGAAAAGGAUAAAUGGAUCAUGUCAGAUCAAAAGUACAUACUCAUAUUUGUAUGAUCAGAAAAAAAAACUGUACACAUGAAUGAUCUUCAUGUGGGUAUCACAUAAAUGCACAUCAUUUCCUGUUUGCUUUGCCCUUCUCCUUGUAUUUCUGUAUUACUGGAGACUACAUCCUCACUAAGCCUGCUCAGUUUAAAAAUGUUGUUCAUGUUUCACUAUACAAACAAUCACUUCUCUUUUCAGUUUACAUUGUCAAACAAAUUCCUGCACCGGAGUUUUCCACACAACAGCAGGGGACAGUAAAAGUAGCUGUUUACCUUGUCGGAGAGUUGGAGGCAUAUACCUGUUCACCCGACACUCAUCAUACAACAGCUCAUUGUUGCUGCUCUUUCUUGUUACAUUACUCCCUUGAAAACUUAUAAACAAACCCACAGUCAACAGAUUAUUGUUGACUUGUUUUGUAGACACACUUGUGAUGAAGAAUCAUGGUUAGCACUAACCUUAGCGAUAAAUACGCUGUGAUUUCUCUGACUGCUUCACA